GAGGUCGUGGUUACCACAAUGAGUUCCCAGAAAGGGAACGUGGCUCGUUCCAGGCCUCAAAGGCACCAGAAUGCGUUUAGCUUCAAAAAUGACAAGUUUGAUAAGAGUAUUCAGACCAAGAAAAUUAAUGCAAAACUUCAUGAUGGAGUCUGCCAGCGGUGUAAAGAAGUUCUCGAAUGGCGUGUGAAAUACAGCAAAUACAAACUACUAUCAAAACCUAAAAAAUGUGUUAAAUGUUUACAAAAGACAGUGAAGGAUUCUUACCACAUCAUAUGCAGACCCUGUGCUUGUGAGCUUGAAGUUUGUGCUAAAUGUGGAAAGAAAGAAGAUAUUGUUACUCCGUUUAAUAAAGAGGAAGAAAUAACAGAAAAUAUUGAAAAUAAUCUAAGUUCCAGUAGUAGAAGGAGCUGCGUAAGAGAUGAAGAUGAGAGUGAUGAUGAUGUGGAUCUUCAUGUUGAUUUGGAUGACUCACGAGAAGACAACCAAGUGAACUGA